AUGUUUGUUAAAAAACUUAGUGUAGAAACUGGUGUAUCAGAACAAGUUCUUCGAUUAUUACUUACAAUUUUAUUUGCUUAUCCUAUAUCUCUCAUAUAUAGAUUAACACUCGUUCGCCCUUUAAAAACAAAAUGGGCUCCAUUUAUUCGUAAUCUUUAUGUUGUCAUUACGGGCCUUUCCCUUUCUUACUUUUUCAAUGGACAUCAUAUCAAACAUUCAUUAAUAACUACUAUUGUAACUUGGCUAUUCUGUUAUCUUGGAAGUAUUUUUCGGAACCGAGUUUUAUCCGCCAUUGCUUCCUUUCUUUUCAACGUGACCUAUCUCCUUGUUGGUUAUUACAUGACCGCGACUGAUGACUAUGAUGUAUCCUGGACUAUGCCACAAUGCGUUCUUUGUUUAAGAAUGAUAGGUUUCGCAAUGGAUUUCAUGGAUGGAGAAAAAUUAUUAAAGUCCAAGCCACCUGUUAAUGUCAAAGAGAAUAUCACUAAUACUAACGAAAAGAACACUGAUACAAAAAAAGUUUCACAACAAACAGAUUCUUCAAUUAGUACGCGUCCACAGAAACAACCAAUUUCAUUCGAAAAGAAUAUUCAAUUAGGAACAUUACCACCUUUAAUUGAAACUAUUGGAUACGCGAAUUUCUUUGGUUCUUUCCUUAUUGGUCCACAGUUCUCUUUCCAUCUUUAUCGAAAAUUCAUUACCAUGUCAUUAUACCCUGAUCCUUCAAAUAUUCCUCCAAGAUGUUAUUGGUUUGCAUUGAAAAGUUUCUUACUUGGUGCGCUAUAUUUAGGUGUACAACAAGUUGGUUCUGGAUAUUUUCCACAAUCUUAUUUGUUAACCGCUGAAUAUGCCGCCAAACCUUUUAUUCAUAAAUUAAUAAUUAUGUGGUGGACUGGAAAAUUUAUUCUUUCAAAAUAUCUUGGAAUCUGGACAUUAUCAGAAGGUGCAUGCAUUCUGUCAGGCAUUUCUUUUAAUGGUUACGACGAUAAUGGAAAUCCAAAAUGGGAUGGUUUAUCAAACAUUGAAAAGUGGAAUUUUGAAUUUGCUACAUCUCUUACACAAAUUAUUACUUCUUUUAACACAAACACCAAUCUAUGGACAAAACUUUACAUAUUCAAACGACUUGUUUUUCUUGGAAACAAACAAUUAUCUUCCAUAUUAUCAUUAGUAUUCCUCGCUCUUUGGCAUGGUCUCCAUUCUGGUUAUUAUUUUUGUUUUAGUUUGGAAUUUUUUGAUAUAGAAGCUGAAAAACGAUGGGCUAAACGAUUUGAAAGAUAUACUAAACCAUUAUAUCUUUCUCAAAAUAAUUCUAAUCCUAAAAUUAUGUUUGGGAAAUAUUUACAUUUAUUUAUUGGUUGGUUUGGUCAAACUUGUGCAUUACAUUAUGCUAUCAUUUCAUUUGGUUUAUUGAAAUGGGAUCAUGUCAUUUCUGCUUAUAAUUCUGUAUAUUGGAUAGGUCACUUGACUGUUUUUGGUUUAUUAUUGUUUGAUAUCAUUUUACCAAAACCAAAAACUAAAAAGGUUGAUAAAGAAACUAAUGGAAUUGUUAAGGUCGAUAAAGAAUCUAAAAACGUUAAUGGUGGUUAUAAGUCGGAUAGGAUUAAUGGUUAUAUCAAAAAUGACUCGAAAAUUGAAAGAUAA